AUGCAGCAAGGUGGUGGACAGAUGAUGCGGGCCGUUAUGAUUCAACAGGGUUCACCGUACGAUCAGGCCAACUACAUAGUGCCAGCAGGUGCUGGCACCACGAUGCAACGUACAUCCGAUCCAUACGGGAUACCGCAAGCGCAAACCGGUGUAUGUUUUUUUUUCUUGCCCCCUGCUGUGUUUUUACCAGGAUUUUUCAGUAGGAAAAUUUUUUUUCAUAUUAAAACUGAAUAA